AACGCCUAGAAAUAUCACGUGACAGGUUGCUACCCAAAAUUGUUUGAAACCGGUGCAGGGUUGAUGUUCGAAAUCGUUGCAUCUCUCUUUGAUUACCGAGUCUACAGAUGCCAUGAUGGAGACCUUGGAUGAAGCCUUGAAUUGAUCACAUCUAUACUGAAAGCUUGUGCUUCUCCAUAUUCCUAGAAGAUACUUGGUAAUCUAAGCCAGAAUUCCAAAGCUAUGGAAUGCCGCCUGGCAGGGCUCCUCUUCACCUCCAAGUUUGACUCUGGCAACUUGGCGCGGGUCGAGCGGGUCGGUCCUGAUGAUGAUGAGGAUGGGACCGGGCACCGAGUCGGGGAUGCCAACGCUGCCCCAGACUACGAAUUCAAUCUCUGGACUAAUCCAGACUGCGGAGGAACUGAGUUUGAAAAUGGAAACAGGACCUGGUUUCACUUUGCAGUGAAGGGAUGCCCGAUGAACAAGCUGAUCAGGUUUAACAUCAUGAACAUGAACAAACAAGGGAAGCUGUAUAGCCAAGGGUUAGCGCCGGUCGUCAAGGUCCUACCACAGAAACCCAAGUGGGAACGCAUCAGGGACAGGCCCUCUCAUGAGACCGUGGACGGUCAGUUCAUCCUGUCCUUUACCUAUCGCUUUGAGUACCGCUUCUCGACGGUCUACUUUGCGUUCUGCUACCCGUUCUCUUACAUGGAGUACCAGGAGAAGCUCACCGAACUAGACAACAAAUUCAGCAGCAGGAAAUAUGAUUCAGGCUGCCCAAACAGUGCAAUCUACUAUCACCGUGAGCUGCUAUGUCACUCCUUAGACAAGCUACGAGUUGACCUUAUAACUAUCUCAUCUUGCCAUGGAAUAACCAAUGAGAGAGAACCAAGACUUCAUAGACUCUUCCCUGAUACGUCUGUAGAGAGGGCUCGGAAAUUCAAAGGAAAGCGGGUAUAUUUCUUGAGUAGCCGUGUCCAUCCGGGCGAGACUCCAGCAAGUUUUGUCUUCAAUGGAUUCUUUGAUUUCAUCCUACGCUCGAAGGACGAAAGGGCCAUCCAACUCCGGAAGCAGUUUGUCUUCAAGCUCAUCCCUCUCCUCAACCCCGAUGGUGUGCAGCGAGGCUACUACCGUACCGACCAACGUGGUGUCAACCUCAACCGGGUCUAUCUGAACCCAGACCCUGAUCUCCAUCCGUCUAUCUUCGCUGCCAAGAGCGUUGUUCUGCAUCAUCAUGUGCAUUCCAGAGUGAUGAGGUCAUCGGUUGACCCGACACCGGGUUCGGGGAAUCCCCCUGACAGCGGGGAAGUCCCUGAUAGUCAUGGGGUGGGGUUGAAUGAACGGACACAGGAGCCUGGAAAUGGGGAUUGCGGGACAGAGGUAAGGGCAGAACUUGGCAAAGAUCAGUUCAUCAUCGAGAAGAAAGGCGAAGGGACUAAUGCAAUUCUCGUUGUGCACCGUGGUGGCAAAAACAGAAGUUCACCUCUUCUGUCCAAUAGUGAAGCGAAUAGACAUUUUCCCACUGAAGAGGGAUUAAACUCAUACAUUGAUGCAUCAGAACCAAGUAGUGAUCUUAUGUUCUUGCCAAACAGUACCUCCCUUGCUAACAAAGGGGUUCCGAGGGAUGACGCAUCUGUGUACGACUCCGACGUCGAAAGUGACAUCGGCAUGAAAGCACAAACUCCUCUACCCAGCAAUCAAUCUAAUAACAAUGCACAAAAAGCGAUUCCCUGUGGUGACACUGAUCCCAUAUCGAUCCCAUCGGAAGAAAGUGGUGUGGCAUUCUAUGUGGAUCUCCAUGGCCACGCCUCAAAGAGAGGCUGCUUCAUCUACGGCAACUUCCACGAGGACGAGGACAGGCAGACCGAGAACCUUCUCUUCCCCAAGCUGAUCGCGAUGAACUCCGCGCACUUUGAUUUUGACGGUUGUAACUUCACAGAGAAGAACAUGUACACAAAGGACAGAAGGGAUGGCAUGUCGAAGGAGGGGAGUGGCCGAGUUGGAAUCUACAAAGCAACAGGAAUCAUUCACAGCUACACUUUAGAGUGUAACUACAAUUCUGGGCGAUUUGUGAACUCACUUGCCCCUGCUUCCAAUGACGAUGGAAGGGCCACGCCACCUCCGCUGGCAGGGUACCCACCAAAAUAUGGACCACAGCAUUAUGAAGAGGUUGGCAGAGCAACGGCCAUUGCUGCGCUAGACAUCAAUGAUACAAACCCUUGGUCUCGGUUAGCAGGUACAGAGAAUGGAAGCGUUCACGGUGUAAGGGCAUGGGUUCAACGCUACUUGCGGAGCAUGCGCGGGGCUCCCUCACUGCCAAAGAAAAUGUCGAGGGUUGCUUCCAAAACAUCCAGUCUUGUUGCAACGGUAAUGACUCCUCCAAAGCCUAACACCAGAACGGGUCUCCUCCAGUCUGGCAACACCGGCGGCAACAUUGCAGGCAGCAGCAAUGUGGCAGGCAAUUCCAAUGCACAACCAAAUACAAGCAACAGCCCAAAGAGAAAUAUACAUUCCAAACCACUCGGACCAGUAAGAGAAACAAGAGCAUCGAUGGAAAGAAGAAAACACCUGGCGACCCUUCAAGGGACCGGUCUUUCUACAUCCUCCGCAUCCUCUGCUGCCUCUACAGCCACCACCACAACCAUGGGUGUGGCUUCCACCCUACCGUCAGGGGGCAAAAACUACACCAUCCCCCUCCCCCUGACCCACCACAAACAGACGCCCCCUUCCACCACCCGAUCCCACAGGGCGGGGCCGACGUGGGCGCAGAAGAAGAUCAAGUCCGACUCGGUGCUGGGGAAGAAUGCGGGCGAGUCCGCUGGGCAGAAGGAAUCGAGCAGCCAGCUCUCGCCGCGGACCCUGCUGUCAAAGUCGACCAACAAUUUGGGUGCGUUCACCCGCCACGGAGGCCACCUUGCGUCGAGCACGCUGCCCUCUGUUGUUACAGAACUGUUGAACUCUGUCAUGAUCAAUGCGCUGGAGGGGUCCAAAGAACUCGGCAAGGAGGAGUCAUCUGGGUUCUCAACAGCAUCGGUUGCUCAGCAGAGAACAGCUAUGUAUGUCAAGAACCAUGGGAGCACAAUGCUAUCACCCGCUACAUCUGAUGCUGUACAUACAGUCAAUUUGGAGUUUCCUCCCACGGCACCAUCUGCCCUGUCACCAAAGAGUCACCAGUCUUUGUUUCCGAGGCAUCACAUGACAAUAGACCUUGGGGCAUCAUCAUCGUCAUCACAACCUUUACAACAUCAUGGCAACAUCCAUGUAGAGGGGGAGAGGAGUGACCUCAAGGCUUUAGGGAGUCUUUGCUUGCAUGAAGAAAGUCACCAAGACUCUGCCGACAAGGCUAAAAAGAGAAGGAAGAAGGGGAAUGGACCGAAGCGACGUAGCAUCUCUCACAGUCCUAGCCGUAAGUCCCAGAAGAAUUCCCACCGGGCCCUGACCAAGGGAGGCAAGCACAGUGAGACGUCGGACAGCGACCCAGAGAGAUUGAUGAACCGCAGACAGGAAAGGACAAGGCAGAGGUCAAUUACCAGUAGCCUGUCAGAUCCCACCCCUAAUGAUUUGCAUCCAAUGUCAGAACAUACUUCUCAUUUUGCAUCUAACGUUGAACGCCAGAGAGCCAACACACCAAAGAGGAGUCUCUCGAUCGGCAGUAUCCGAGAACCUCCCUACAUUAAAUCCAAGGUGAACAACGCAAUCAAGAAAUCAAACUCUUUCAGCUCAGGACGGAGAGAUUCUAAUGUUUCUUACCAAGUGGUUGAACUGAACGAGUUGUUAAACCGGAAGCAGCCUCAGAAAACGCCCAUCCCGGUGAAGAAAAUAGGCUUCUGGGUAGACUUCUAGCUCACUACUCUUUCUUCAAACAUUUUCAUCAUUUUGUUUCAUGGAUGACUAGCUGGAAAAGUAUCUGACCAAUGGACAAAGCUCUAAGACCCCUGUUGCACGGGAUAUCCUACCCGGGACUUGUCUCGGCGGGGGGGGGGGCCGAGACUUGUUUCCAAAAAGUUGACCUAAACUUUUGACCCCCUAUUACACAAAAAUCGUAACGAGUCUUGGGGCGCCCCGAGACAGCUUUCUGUGCAUUUACACUGAUACCAAAGCUGUCCGAGAUAGGUUUGGCAGAGCGCGCUGUGUUUGUUGUUUGGAUAAUCGUUUCACAUGUAGCGCAUCAUAUGAACCUGUCUCGAACCAGUCUCGGGCAAGUUUGUGUUUAUACCAAAUCCAAAGCAAUCUCCGGGUGCCCGAGACCUAUCUCAGAACACAUCGCGAGGUGGUCCGAGAUAGGUUUGCUCAGGAGAGGUCAGGUAGGCUUGUACGUUUACACCCGAUUUGAAAUCUGUCCGAGACUCAUCUCGGGGUGCCCCGAUUGACAUCUUCCACCAAAGACAUACUAUAUGUUAGAGCAUAAACAAUCUCUAACCUUAGAGCUUUGUCCAUUGGUGGGAUACUUUUCUACAAAAUUAUGAAUAUCAUUUGUAAUGAUGCCUCUAUUCAAAUGGAAUAUUGUUUUCUAUUUAUGAAAAAAUAGCGAUCAUGGUAAACGUUAUAACCUCACGGAAAGAAAGUUUCAUUUAUAUAUAUAUCUCUAAAAUAUGUCAAGAUUGGAGUUUUGUCUUGGGCUGAUGAUACAUGUACAGGUAUUUUAUGUAGUUUUACUAAUUUUACCCUAUCAAUAAUCUAACCCUUCAUGUUCGACUUAUCAGUACUGUAGAAUGCCUUUUAAUGAACACUAUGAAUAUUCACAUGGAAAUACACACAAUUUGAAAUACAUGUAUAUCUUUCUGUAAUACCAAAGUUGGAAACUAAUCAAUUAUACUACCAUUCUUUCCAUUUUCUUUUUACAUUAAAACUACAUUGUAUUGUACUUACAUACUGCUGUAGGUUAUAAGUACUCAUUUGGUAUCUUGCUUACCUUUUUAAUGUGAGGGAAAUAUGCCUGUACUAUCACCUGCAUUCCAUCAUUCCAACAGUGUUCUAUUUUAUUGAUGAUAUUGGGGUAUUUGUCCACAGUAACAGAUUACCAUGUUUACAGAACAACAUGGCCCUGUCUUAGAAAGAGUUACGAUUGAUCCAAUCAAUCAUCACUUUAAAUCAAUAAAUUUAUGAAAAUUCAUUAUAUCUAGAAUUUUUUUAACAAACAUGUAUUUUUAGAUGUGGGCACUGCUGGCUUUCCGUAGUUGAGUUUGAUCAGAUCAAUCACAACUCUUUGUAAGAUGGGGCCCGUUUCU